AUGGCUAAUCACGAUGAGCCCACGCCAGCGGCGACGACUUUAGGUAAACCAGCUACGUCGGCUGGGCCCGCUAGCCCUACAGAACAACCAGCGCCGAAUGUAGUACCAGGAUGGACAGAUGAGCCAAUUGAAGUUGCUCCACAUGAGGAGGGUGAUGAUUAUGAUGAUGCAGAUUCUGCUCUAGGAGAAGGUGAUAAUCACCAUUUCUUGACCCUUUGUCUCGGUGGCAAUCUUUUCCUAGCACCUCUAAAGGAUGAUAUAAAACGAAUACUUGACAUUGGUACUGGAACAGGGUUAUGGCCAAUUGACAUAGGAGACGAAUUCCCGAACUGUGAGGUUGUUGGAACAGAUUUAUCACCGAUCCAACCAUCGUGGUGCCCACCCAACGUCAAAUUUGAGAUCGACGACCUGGAGCAAGAAUGGACAUACGCCCCUAACAGCUUCGACUACAUACACAUCCGGUACAUGGUAGGCAGCGUGGCAGAUUGGCCGAAGUUAUUCAGGCAAGCAUUCAAAACGCUCAAACCCGGUGGAUGGAUCGAGAGCUUCGAGGUCGAGGCCGACUACCGUAGCGACGAUGGCACCCUAAAACCCGACUCGGCUAUGAUUAUGUGGCGCGACUUGUUCACCGAAGGCGGCAAGAAGCUAGGCUUAUCGUUUACUCUCAUCUCAGACGACGUCCAGAGGAAAGGGAUUGAAGACGCUGGUUUUGUAGACAUGACGGUCAAGGAUAUUAAGGUACCUAUGGGUCCUUGGCCGGCAGACCCGAAGUUGAAGGAGAUUGGGCAAUGGGCUCAAUAUACUCUUGAGCAGGACCUAGAAGGUUAUGUUGUGUUUAUGUGGAACACGGUCUUAGGCCGCUCCUUGGAGGAAAUGCAAGUAUUUCUCGCAAGUUUCCGCAAAGAAUUACGGUCUAGCAGGACGAUCCACGCAUACAUACCACAGCGGGUUGUAUAUGCGCGAAAGCCAGAGGCUGCGUAG